AUGUAUUUCCCGUAUGUAUCAGCCACUGCACAACCGCAAAACUGCAGCGUGCCCCAUCAAGUCUUAAUGCAGUGGCCGGCGUCUGUCGGAGUUGCCCAGCCGCAGCAGUCGCUUCUUGUACUGCCUUCCCCGACUUCAGCAGGUGCUGUUCUCUGCCCAGUAAGCCACUGUCUGGGUCACUGCGACGCGGGUAGAAGUUCGAGGCUGCCGCACUCUCAAAGCCACCUUCCUGAACCGCGCCUCCAUCAGUUCACUCGUAUCUUUCCAGAAUGGGAAGUAGACGAACUGGAUUUCGAGGACGCGUGCACACGAAUGCGCGAUGGAGCUCGUCGGGCAGGAAUCAGCGCCAAUAAGCACCGGAGGCGGACUACCGACCAGUCAACUCAGUGUUCUUUGGAGAGUGUGGAAGAGAAAAAAGCGCCGGAGCAAGACAAGAACGAAGUGAACCGUGUCGUCGGCGAUAUCAACAUUAGCGGCGUCGUCCAGUUUGGACAAACAGACGACACGAGUGUGCCGCAGGCUAGCGGCGAGCAUGUUGAUGAUGCCGACUUUGAUCGGUUUCAGCCGUUCCAUCGGCCACUGAUGAGCUGCGCCCGGUCACAACCGAGACAGGACAGUUGGUCACGCUACGACCUAGAGUUAAAGCGGUUCCACAAAUGGCGGCAAGAGCAGCAGAGACCGCCGCUGGGAAGGAUUCCAAAGCAUCGGGUGGCGUUCCCACAGCGCUCUGUGAGCGACAAUCCCGCAAGUUCCGUCUUGCAGGCGAGAGUCAGACGGGUCUAUGACCAUGCUCACCACACCCCUCUUCAUCCUGAUGACAGUUAUGUGUACAAGUUCUUGGAUGAACGUCGAGCGAGACACGCUGAUGCCUUUUCAGGAGUCAACACGUGCAGCGGAAAACGGCGGUACGACCGUCCACCCCCUUUGGAGCCGUAUAUCCCGUAUGAUCCACACAUGCUGAGGAUGGCCGGCGUCCAAACACCCGCUCGUCCUCGCUUUUCGGCAGGGCAAAACCUGGGACGGGAACACAGAAGAAAGAGCUGCGAUGCACACAGCGAUGGCGACGUACUCCCCUCAGGUGUCCAUGGCGGCGAUCUGUAUCCCUGCCCUCGGCCGGAUUCCUUCCAUACGGGGUUGACGUUUAAAGGGAAACUCCGGUCACUACGACAGGGGGAAGAGCACGGCAGCUCUGGAAAGGCGUCUGGGAAGUUGGACGGUUUGGAGAAGCAGGGAAAUCUGUCAGGGUCUGUACGGAUUGCCGGCGAAGAUGACGGAUUCUCCGUGUCGGGGUCAUUCUUGGUACCUCUAUCCGCAGAUGAAGGCCGAGCCAAAAUGAGGGAAGGAACUCCUCCGCCGUGGCGAUCGAAGAACUAG